UCUGCACCCCCGCUCUUGGGCAAUCUUGGUUCGAUCUAUCAAACGCUAGCACGCCUUAACUUGUAAGUUAUCGAAGAUCUCAUAUCGAGUCAGAAACAUUUUCUGAAGUCCUUAUCGUUGACUAUCUCUGAGUUGCGUGAGGAAUUUCGCCUGAAAAUUUCCCCUUUGGGUCACUCAAAUUAACCUGCCGCGACUACGAUUGCAAAAUCCACAUCACUUGCCACGUCCAAUAUCAUAAUUGUUGCCCGACACACCGCUUCGACUAUUCUAUAAUUUACGAAUCCUAUCGUAUCAACUAUGGCCAAACGCUCUCGUGACGCCGAUGCCAAUCCGGAGGAAAAGCGGACCACAGAACCCCCAGUCAAGAAGAGGAAGGGCUUCUCAGUUGGUCCUGCAAACCUGCCUGAUGGCACCUAUCGUCGCAAAGCCCAAAAAAUAAAGUCCGACCUGAUCCAAAAGGCCAAAGUAAAAAAGGCCUAUGCCAAAAUCAAAGCCGAGGAACUUGCGUCAACACCCAAAAGACCCAUUUAUGCGACAGAGGAACAUGCGGAGGGUGAAAACGCCAACGGCGAUAACGUCGUCGAUCCUGCACCGGCGUCUUUGGAGCUACAUCCAGACCGACAGGCCAUGCUGAACGAGCCCGUGCCGGAACGACCACCCAGACCUGAACGGUCACAGGACCAUAACCCCCGUGAACGUCGGAACAGAAGAAAACCCAAGCCGUCCGCUUUCGCGAAGGAAAUGGAGAUUGCGGAGAAGCGCAGGAAAGAGGCGGAGAGGCGCAGAGAAGAGCGGGAGUUUAAAAUGAAAGAUCGCGAGGCCAUGGCUAGGGCGAAGAAGCCUGCUCCGGACGGCAAAAGAAGAUUGGGCCGGGAGAGCAAGGUCUUGCUUAAUAGGAUUCAACACAUAGUGGGUCAAACAUAGACACCAAUUUUGCACAUGGAGACGAAAACUAGAGGUGGUCCAACAAGAAGUCUUCCUUUCUAUGAUACCCAUUAGAUAUGUCGUUUACGGUUACUUGUCGAGUUUUCUGCGCACAUGUUUCACCUUUACAUGAAUUAUACCUUCAAUAUGCAGGAUGAUAACUAAGCUGCUUUAUGCCCUGUCCC